AUGGAGCAAACCAGCAAUAGGAAAAGCAAUCCUCUGCAAUAUUGGAAACAGAAUGCGUCAAGGUUCCCCCCACUGGCGGAUGUUGCAGCCAAGUUUCUCUGUGCCCCCUGUACCUCCGUGGACAAUAUCAGUCAAGCGCAUCAUCCAGAAUGCUUGGAGUCUGCUCGCAUGGAGGUAGCUGAAGAGUCGCCAUACAUCAUAAAGCUGGAGGAAGAAUUUGUCCACAUUAAAGAGGAGCAGGAGAAGUAUUUCAUUAGAGAGGAGAACCCUCACAUUGAGGAGCAGCAGCAACCUCAUCCCCUCAAAAAGGAGGAGGAGGGUCCUCCAUAUGUUAAAGUGGAGGUGGUGAACAUCCCCAAGUGGACAACUGAGCCGUUAAAGGAUAAAGAUGGAGGUCCAAGUGAGGCCAGCAGAGGGAAGGAGCCUCCGAAUGGCAGCAGCAGCAGAUCAAAAGAAGGGUCCCAAGCAGACAACCUCAUCGCUCGACCAUCAGAGAGUGACGACUUCACAUCACACUCGCUGUUCUAUCUAUAUGUCAGCCAUGCCCAUCGUCUUGAGCACCAGGAGUCUGCAUGCGUCAAGGGGGAGGUGGAAGAGUCGCCAUGCAUCAAGGAGGAAGAGUCCGUUCACAUUAAAGGAUUCAGAAAGUAUCUUGAUGCUGAGCCAGAAUCUCCUGGCAUUAAAGAGGAUGUGGAGCUCCCCCAAAUCAAAGAGGAGGAGGAGCCUGAGCCCUGUCAACAGGAGAGAGAAGAACACCUUCCAAUCAAAAAGGAGGAGGAGGAGGAGCUGCCAUAUGGUAAAGAGGAGUUAAACGAGGUGCAUAUCACCAGGUUGACUGGUGAAUCCUUGAAGAGUGAAGAUGGUCCAAGUGAGGCCAGCAGAGGGGCGGAGUCUCCAAGCGAGGGGAGUAGCAGCAGUUCAACAGAAGGGUUGCAAGCAGACAUUGCUCCAUCAGACAGAGAUGGCGCCAAGUGUGGGAAAACCUUUGCUACUAAGCAAAGUUGUCGUAGGCAUAUGAGGAUCCACACUGGCGAAAAACCUUUUUCCUGCUCAGUUUGUGAUCAAAGAUUCACUUAUCAGUGUGCCUUAAAUCGACACACAAGAACCCACACUGGCGAAAAACCUUUUUCCUGCCCAGUUUGUGGAAAAGGAUUCUGGUCAAAGAGAGAACUAAUAAGUCACACAAGAACCCACACUGGAGAAAAACCUUUUUCCUGCUCAGUUUGUGAUCAAAGAUUCAAUCAUCAGUGUGCCUUAAAUCGACACACAAGAACGCACACUGGCGAAAAACCUUUUUCCUGCUCAGUUUGUAGAAAAGGAUUCUUGUCAAAGGGAGAACUAAUAAUUCACACAAGAACCCACACUGGAGAAAAACCUUUUUCCUGCUCAGUUUGUGGUCACAGAUUUGCUCACAAGCAAACAUUAAAACGACACACAAGAAACCACACUGGCGAAAAACCUUUUUCCUGCUCAGUUUGUGAUCAAAGAUUUGCUCAGAAGCAAUCCUUAAAACGACACACAAGAACUCACACUGGCGAAAAACCUUUUUCCUGCUCAGUUUGUGGAAAAGGAUUCUCUACGAAGGAAGAACUAAUAAUUCACACAAGAACCCACACAGGAGAAAAACCUUUUUCCUGCACGGUUUGUGAUCAAAGAUUUCCUCGGAAGCAACACUUAAAAAGACACACAAGAACCCACACUGGCGAAAAACCUUUUUCCUGCUCAGUUUGUGGAAAAGGACUCUCUUCAAAGGUAGAACUAAUAAUUCACACAAGAACCCACACUGGAGAAAAA